AAAUUCAUUAUAGUUGACUACAGCGUAUCGAAAUGAAUAUUAUAGUUGAGUUGGGAGCCGAUACAUGAAAAGAACGCCAUUAUAGUUUGGUAUACGAAAUCUUAAUUCAACCAUUACACUUUACUGUCGACGAGUAGAAAAAGUACCUUUUUAAUAGCAAAAUAUUUUGUUGUUGUCCGUAUUAUAUUAAUUGGAAAAUUGCAAACUAUUUCUAAUUUCCGAUACAAGCGCACCCAUUGUUGAAUUCUCGAAAAUUUAAAUUAGUUUCAUCUGGAAACUCAAAGGCAGCCGAGAUGUUUAUAUUAUUUCUGUGCUUGGCUUUUAUCGCAAAUUCAGAAAUCAGAGUUCAAGCAGAAUCAACAACUUCGAAUGAUAUACAUGUUAAAAAUACAAGUUUCCCAGUAACCGGUCCAAAAUAUGAAAUACGAACAGAAAAGCACUUAAAUCAAAAUAAUUCUGAAGUUACAUUAUCGUUUAAUGAAAAUACAACAGCGUUAAUAAAAGAUUUGAAGGCAACAGUUGAGAAACUAAUAGCACAUUUAGAAAAAGCAAAAUCAAAACCAAAAGAAUCGCCGCGUCGAGUUCUUCACAGUAGUAUUUAUGAUUUUUUCCCAAAACUUCCUAGAAAAAAAAGAACUAUAGAAAAUACGACAGACGCUGGAACUAAUAGUAAUAUGAUUCCUGUUGUAGUUCAAAUGGACCAAGCAAAAGAUGUUGAAAAUGUUACUGAAGCAAAAAUAGAAAAAGUAAAUAAAACAGAAGAGGUUGAAAAUGAUUCAUACUAUGAUUGGUUGCAUAACGAUCCAAAUAACGCUACCGAAGUUAGUAAUUCUACCGAGGCUAGCGGCAGAAGGAGUUUCAAUUCAGACAUGGAAAUAGCUAAAGUUGUACGAACAAGACUGCUAUCUUAUGUCCAUGAACAUAUAAGCGACACUAUGAAUAAAAUCGAUUCACUUAAAAAUGUAAAGAAUUCUUAUGGUACAAAUAACAUUUUUAACAUAGGAUACAUCAUGGCGAACGUCGAUCUAAUAGAGAAAAACUUGAAAAAAUUAAGAGAAGGUAUAAAUGAGAAUAAUAAGGAAUGGGCUGAGGCACAUAUUUUAGACGUUUUUGAUAAAGUUAAAUAUACGAAUAACGUAAUGACAAGUCUAAUGACGGCUUUGAAAUCGAUUUUUAAUGCAUCGCCGAGUAAUGGAGUUUUUGAAAACGCACAAAGCAUAUAUGGUUAAACAAAUAAAAAUAUUAUUAUAAAUUAAGCUAAAUGGAGUCUUAAGGCGCAUUCACACCGCAAUUAGCCACUGUCACACUGUCGAGCAGUGUUGGCCGAAACGUUAAUGCAAUUGACUAAUAACCAUUACAAAUUGAACCGUUAACUAUAAUCGUCCGUUACGGGUUUCGGUUCAAUUUGUAAUGGUUAAUAUUCAAUUGCAAUUAACGUUCGGCCAACACUGCCGUGGAACGACACUGUGCAACAGUAUGUAACUAUUAUAGUUCGUUUUUUUUGCAUUAGAGAAAGGUAGGUAAGGUAAAAACGCUUUGAAAAUCAGUAACCAUUGCUAAUGAAAGCAGAAGAAUGAAAAUGAUCGUAUAUAUUUUAUAAUUGUUACAUAUCUUACUUACUUACUGCUGUGGCGCAGCGACCCGACACUUCGGGUCUUGGCCUCGACACCAAAGACUAUGCUUCUAUGUCCAAAGCCGUUUCUGUCCAGUCGACGGCGCCGAGAUCGCUAAGGUCUUUUUGUACUUCGUCUCUCCAGCGGUACCUAGGCCGUCCAGACGGUCUUCUGCCGUUUGGAACUCCAAAGUACGCCCUCCAGACUGCACGAUCUUCACCCAUCCGGACUACGUGCCCGAGCCGUCGGAGUCUGGCGGCUACAUAUCUGCCGUAACUUUUUUUUAAAGUGCAUUUCAAUAUAAAUGUUUCUAAUGCUAAAAAACGGACUAUAGAUAAGUUACUAAAUGUUGCCGUGCUGCACAGUAUAAUAAAUAGGGAUGCAUCAUCUAGGCGUAUUAAAUUAAAUGAAACAAUAUAUUUUUAA